UGUCAGGAGAGAAAUGUGCGCUGGACUCGGCUUACCUGUGGAGCUGCAGGAGCCCAGAGCAGCCGCGCCUCUCUGCAGGUUUGCAGUGCAGCCAGCCGGACUGGAGGAGGCCCUCUGGUGCCCGGAUGUCUAUCAAAAUUAGUGUGUGGGACUCAGCUGGGGAAAGGGAAGGAGCUCGGGCUCGGGGAGCCUGCGGGGAAGACGAGGCUGCCCUUUUCCCUUUUUUAAAUCAAAAGUGAUAUUUCCGAGCAGGCCGCGAGAGAGGCGCGAGGGACCCCAGGACGCCUGAAAGCAAAUGGAAGAGAAGUUUUUGGGGGGCAGGAGGGGCGAGGCGGACUGAUGGACAGGAGGCACCUGGCUUGCUAAGCGUCGCACGAUGGCUGCCCAGUCAAGCUUGUAUAAUGAAGAAAGAAAUCUACGCCGCAUCCAAGAAAAAGAGAGGAGGAAUCAAGAAGCUCACCAGGAGAGAGAGUCGUUCCCGGCCAAUGUUCCCCUCUUUGGAGAACCGUAUAAGAUCAACAAAGCAGAUGAGCUGUCCAGCCGAAUUCAGAACAUGCUGGGCAGUUAUGAACAGAUGAAGGCCCUCAUCGCCGCCAAGGAGCACCAAAAUCUCAUUGGGAUCCGUAACAGCGUCGUGUCUCUGAUCCCUCAACACAAGCCAGAUCACCCACUCUUCCCCGAGAAGACCAGCAACAUGUUACCCUCCUCAUUCCAGAACAGCAACCAUCACCACAAGCCCUUGGGACCCCUCACUUCAGGCACCGCUUCCGCGGGUUGCUCUGCGCACUACCAAAAAGUUAACUCAAGGACAGAACGAGCUUCUGAUUUGCAGACGCCAGGCGGUAAGUUGUCCAACAGCCAGAAGCAAGCUCCCGAGCAGAGCUGCAAAGCCCAAGAGAUCCAAAGUAGGACGUGCCUGAAGAAGAACGAAAAAUGCAUUGAAGACGAGAUCGCCAAAGAGCUGCAGGCCUCCUUAUCAGAACUUUCCCCAUUGCUGUCCACGUUGCCUUCCCCGAUAGCACCUCUGUCUCCUCUACAUUCCAGCCAGCAUGUCAAUUCCAGGUCUCACAGCAGCAGCAACUGCAAAAGCCAUGGGCCGAAGAGCUCCCCGUCUCAGGACCUAGCAGCUGGAACGCGUGACAACGAAAGCCAGGACAGCUUGAGCGCCCCAGGAGCUCUCUCCUCCCAGCCUCCCUCCCAGACAUUUCCCUCUUCCUUACCAUCAAAAACAAGUGCAAUACAGCAAAAACCAACUGCCUAUGUCAGACCAAUGGACGGUCAAGAUCAGGCGCCAGAUGAGUCACCGGAGCUCAAGCCACUACCCGAGGAGUACCAUGAACAAUCGUAUGGGAAAAUAGCAGAUAUAAAAGUGAACUCCAAGGCCAAGUUGCCCACGUUGAAAAUACCUACUGAACCAAUAGAGCAAUCCUUCUCCAAUGAAGUCCAUUGUGUUGAAGAAAUUUUAAAGGAAAUGACCCAUUCAUGGCCGCCUCCUUUGACAGCUAUCCAUACUCCUAGCACAGCUGAGCCUUCUAAGUUUCCUUUUCCUGCAAAGGAAUCCCAGCAUGCUGGAUCAGUAAUACAAAGCCAGAAGCAAUAUGAUGCACCUUCUAAAACACUGUCUGUUUCUCAGCAAGGGACAUCAACGUUGCAGGAAGAUCUUCUGCUCAGUGAUAGCGAAGAUGGCGAAGAUGGCGAAGAUGACCAAGUUUCUGAUAAGCCAUCUUCCUCAUCCACUCCUCCAAGUGCCCCACAAUCACAGCCCGAGAGUGUGGCAUUGGCACAUUCCAGCAGCCCAGAGUCUGAGAGCACGAGCGACUCCGACAGUUCCUCGGACUCCGAGAGCAGUUCCAGCGACAGCGAAGCCCAUGAUCCCCCCACAAGAUCCUCCACGCCUGAGCCCAGCCCACCGACAUCCAGUAGAUGGCAGCUGAACAACUGGAUAAUAAAGGUGCCUCAUCCAGCGUCUCCCACAGAGAACUUCCUCGAGGAUGACCGCAGUAGGUCCAGUCUCCAGGAGAGUAAAAAACAAGGCAAGUCGUUCAGCAGCAGCAGUAGCAGCAGCGGCGACAGCAGCAAAAGCGAAUGUCCCCCCCAGCCGACGGAGAGUCACUCCAAAGCCUCUGGCAAAACGUCCCGGUCUGCCCCGGAGGGGCAUCUCCCCACCAAGCAGAGCUACCAGAAGUCUCCCGUGCACUCAGGCCGACAGACUGUGGGCAGUAAGCAGCCCAAGAAGUCCAGUAAAGCCUUGGUGCUGGAGGAACAGAAGGGAGGCUUGAAAGUGGAAAGUGAGCCACUCGGCCUGUACGGGGCUAAAGACCAGUCUUCCAAAGACAAGCCCAAAGUAAAAACGAAAGGGAGGCCCAAGCCUGGCGACAGGAAGGAGCCGAAACCCACAGCGCCAGAGCCUUCGGAGAAGAAAAAGCACAAGACCUCGCACCACGCCACUGUUAAAUCCUUUCCGGACCGCGACACCGUAAAAGACAAUGUGGUCAGCAGCACCCUGGAACAGUUGCCCCUCAGUCCCAUAGCUCAAAGCCCCCGGGUCCCUGCCGUUGGCAGAACCAGUGGUGCAAAGCCGGUCACGGUAGCGCGAGAGGACCUCCAUAGGGACAAAUUUCUCUUGCCAAUCAGGGAUAAGAAGUUGCUGUCUCCCUUAAGGGAUUGCCCGGUACCUCAGGCUCUUGUGGUGAAAAUUGAGCUUGCCCUCCUCUCGCAUAUUCCACAUCCUGGCCGGAAGGGGAGCUGCCCAAAACAACUCGAGAUCAAAGAGAGCCAUGAUGUGAAGAAGCGGGAGGUGGAGCGGAGGAGCGCAGAAAUGCCAAGCAAGUUCCCCAAGAAGAGGAAGCAAGGAGAAACGCCCAGAGAUGAUCAGAAGAAGAUCAAGAUGGAGAAAGAAACCAAAUUGCCCUCGUUGUCAAGUCACAAAGACUCUAGUAAAAACAAGGCUUCAAAGAUGUCAGUAGAGACAACACAGAGGAAAGAGAUGCCACUGCCACCGAGGUCUCCCACGCCGCCUGCCGAGAAGCCAGCCAAGACGGCUCAGAAAAGGCCAAAGAGCGAAAGCGGUCCCUCCAGCCAGCCGCCCCCCAGACUCGGUAGCAGCACUGCCAAGAGCAAGGAGAGCAGCCACAAGGACUUGUCAUCCUCCAAGCACAGGAAAAUGGAAGGAAAGCCUUCCGAAACCUCAAAGAUCGGCAAAGGAUCUGCAGAGGACGUUUCUAACCUUUUCCCAGUGCCUUCUUUGCCAAACGGUACCUCCAAGCCAACGAAACCUCAAAGCAAGCCGCACAAACAACAUCCGGUGGAAUAUUACUUAAAGGAGGCCAAGAGGCUGAAGCACAAAGCGGAUGCAACGACAGACAAAGUCGGGAAAGCCUUCAAGUACUUGGAUGCUGCCCUGUCGUUCAUUGAGUGCGGCAUUGCAAUGGAAUCGGACACCCUGUCACCAAAGCCAGCAUAUACCAUGUUUGCAGAGACCAUAGACCUCAUCAAAUUCGUAAUGACAUUAAAAUCCUUCACGGACUCUUCAACAACUACACAGGAAAAAAUCUUUGCUGUUUUAUGCAUGCGCUGCCAAGCCAUUCUGUACAUGGCCAUGUUUCGCUACAAAAAGGACACUGCAAUAAAGUAUUCCCGGACCCUUAAUGAACACUUCAAGAGUUCCUCCCGAGUCACACAAGCACCUUCUCCCUGUGUCGCAAGGAGCACAGGAACCCCUUCUCCUCUUUCUCCGAUGCCUUCUCCAGCCAGUUCUGUAAGCUCCCAGACGGGCUCCAGCGCCAGCAGCUGUGGCGGCGGCAGCAUGGGCUCUUCCGUCAGCAUUCCUCAACACAUCCCAACCAUCACCUCUUCCUUCGUCAACAUCACUUCCUAUAUUCUCUACGCCUACGAUCUCUGGGAACAAGCUGACGUUUUGGCCAGGAAGAAUAAGAAGUUUUUUUCAGAGCUGAAUGCCACCGCCUGCGCUCUCUCCUUGAACAGCAGUAUGACGGAACUGGUACCCUACACCCGUCAGGGUUUGCAGUGGCUGAAACUGGAACCAAAUACACCUUAACAGGUGCUUCAAGGCGGGGACCCAGCCUUGGACUCGUUUGCACUUUGGAAGCCUCCGAAACGGCCUCGUCGGACACAAAACUGAAACACCCAGAGGGUGGCGUGACGGAAGGGAUCUUGGUGACACUGGAAAACUUUCAAGGACUCUCAGCGAUGCCCAGGGGGCCACCUGGAAGACAGGGAGUGGAGAAGAGGCCUCCAGCGCGGAGGGCGCCCGCCUUGCUUUCUUUCAAAGGACAAAGUGCAAUGUUCUUUUUUUCUUUUGUCCUUUUUUUUGUCCCCCCCCCCAUGGUUCAACGUGUCAAUGGUCUAUAAACAUUUCUAUAAAUGAAUAACCAGCAGGACAAAACAACAACAGCACCCGACAGAAUAAUUCAUCAAGCAUGACGAAGUGCCAGAGAGAAAGGAACCCCCCCCAAAAAAAAGAAACGUCUGCAAGACCACAAAAAGAUGCAGCGAUGCCCAAGGGCCCAGCGGGUGAUUCAAAUCCCCCCCUUCCCCCCCCCCUCGCCCUUUCCCAGUUUUUAAAAGUGCAAACCAGAAAUGCAAAAUCUGUAGCAUGUGACUUUGUUCCUGGAGGGCGAGGUGGGUGGAGGAGGGGGCUCCCUGACAAGCCCCCCCCUCCAUGGUUUGUGCAAAUGCGAAAUGGCAUCGCUCCCUUUCGUGGUCCCGUUUGCCCUUCAUACCCAUCCGUUGCACUGAUACCUCCGUUCCUUGGUUCUCUAGCUCACCCUCCUCCCAGCCUGGCUUCUUCCCUUUCUGCCUCGACUGUCUUGGCUGCCGUGUUGUCUGAUGAUGUGGCAGGCCAUUUUAUGAGCGAACCCAGGCCCGGGACUGCCUCACCAGAAACCAGUGCGGCUAGACUGAUGCUAGAUGUGAUUUCCGCCCCACCGAAUGGCAUGAGCAGGGCCGGGAGUGAGCUGGCUCUCACCCCCUUCCCAGUUUUGUUGAGCAAUACUGCACUAAUGAAUUGAACUGGAACAGCUUGAAGUGGCUGGACUUCACUGCUAGAUAGUUUCUCUUUCGGAAACACGGCCUGGGAUUCCCCCUAGUUCCUACUGUGGGCUCCCAGAAAGAGGUCUUACGAAGCAGGCACAGUCGAGGGAAUGUAGAAGCUUUUGCACAGGGAGCCGUCUGUGAGGGAUGCUUGACUGUCGAUAUCGGAGGUGGGUCGGUCAGGAAGGCAUUUUGGCAGUGUGACGCUUAAAAUGUUCCCCUUUGGAUGCUUAAACUGGGAGGAACUUUGCCGUACACCGCCUUGCUCCAUCUUCUCUGAAGCCACAGGUUCAAAUGGUUGCCUUCAGCUGUUGAAGCACAAGUUCCAUUUAUGCCCCCCCCCAAAGUAGUACCCCCGACCACAAGUUUUGGCACUGGCGACCUCUUUCCGCUCUCCGUAAGGGAUUGCCUUUACAUAACAGAGUAAUUCAUUUGACCCCAGGCUCCUUAUAAGGAAAGUAAACAGCAGUUGUCUUAAGACUUGUCAAGCCAAGGAUCCUUGUGCAUUCGCAAGUGACGCAUGUGAAAAAUCCUAGUAGAGGAGAACCCCUUCAGGGACUUCCCACUUCCCCCUCUCCCCCACUGUCUGAUACGUGCUCAAGGCCCUUCAUUCUCCCCGCUCGCCUCUCAAACAGUGUGCCUUAACGCUCCCGUUUGCUUCUGUCUCAACCUUGAAGACAGACCAUUGGGAAUAUCUUCCAACAAAAUCAUUUGUGUAUUUUAUUUUAUUUUUUAGUUAUUGUCAAAGUGUUACGGAGGCAGUUGUUUCUUAUAUAUUUGUCCCACAAAAAUAGAGCUCUCUCAGUGUGCAAGCUGAGAGCAGUAUUCCUGUACGGAAGGACAUAACAGCGUACUUUGCAGGGAUGGCUGAAAAACGCACCCUUGGCGUUCCAAGAGAGACUUCUGCAUGGGAACGUGUUUCCAAUUCAGAUCUCUGGGGAAUUUUUCAGUGCAAAAAAGGCAGGCCUGGGGUAGCCGAUCUCAGACUGUCUGGAGAGAAUUAAGCCUUAGUUGAUUCAGGGAUAAGCCACUUUGACCACUGGAAGUAAUUCUAAUAUAUUUUUCCUCCCUCUUUUUUAUAUAAUGUUCCCUUAGGGUGGAACUAGGAACUUGGUGGAGACCCAAAACUUGGACAGCUGUGAAAUGGUGGGGAACGGGCAUGAUUUGAAGGGGCAGGUGGGCAAAGAUCGCGCUUUUAUCUCUUUUAUCUACAUGCUGUGAUGCAGCUGGAAUUGCAGAUCUUUGGGAAGGGUGAAGGUCUUCCUGUUUGACACUUUAAAAUCACAGCAUUUUCCUGCUUCUUAGCAGCUCUUUGGGAGAGCCCGGAUCCUCUGGGCCCUGGCCUCUGCCAAGUGUCUCAGUCCACCUUCAAGUACGCGACUUCCAGCUGGAAAUCCCUUUUUAAAGAAAAUCAUGCCCCUCUCAUGCGUGUGUCUUCAGCAGAGGGAAGAGCUUGCCAGAUCUGACAUGCACCCAGACCGGCAUUUGCCUUCUCUUGUGAAGGUCACAGUGCAACAGCACAAGUUGGGAAGAGCAAGAUGGUUUCUCCCGGGAAAUCCUAGGAUGAUAACCUGCCUUAGAACCCCUCUCGAGUCUUAUAGCUCCUGGCUUGCUAACACUAAAAAAAACCUCACUUGGUCCCUCCUUUGAAAACCAUGUUCCCCUCCCAUCCCACCCAAUGUACCUCAGGACCGACCCUCUGGCUUUCUUCUCCCCGAGGGGGGCCACCAGCAUUAGCCAGGUGCUGCUGCUCUCUCGAGUAGCCUCCCCUCGGAUGCAGAACCCCCCCCAGGUGUCAAGGGACCCGCCUUAACCUGCUUACGAAGCACUUUAUUCUAGGGAUGGCACCAAUCAGUUACGGCUCCUCUUGCCCACCCGGCCACAGGCCCCUCCCCCCUUAAUCAAGAGUUCCAUUCUGAUAGCAACCUCUGAAGCUGAGAGGAAAUCCCGUUGAGCAUUCUGAUGCUGCUGUUUUUUCAGGACUGUGGGGUGUGAGGAGAAUGUUCUGACGGAAAAAGCAGAGCACAUGGUUGUUUGCCUCCUUUAAAAUAUAUAUAUAUAUAUAUACACACAUAUUCCAAUUUGGUUUAGUCCAGGAGGGGGCAAAGGGAAGCCACGCAGCCUCCUUAAUUUUCACGGAAGUUAAAAUGAAUCCUCUCAGUCAGAGAUGCCUGCUUUUCCACUUUAUAUCCUGUGCUUCUUUUUUUUAAAAUAAAUAUUUUGUAUGCAAUUUCAAGGCAGCAGCCAGUCUGAUCGAGAGAAACUCUGGAUUAUUAUUAUUUUUUUAAAGAAAGCGAAGUGAUCACAAGAAAUGCCAUUUUAUCCCCAUUCUAGAUGCUGGUGGAACUUCCAUUGAUUUCAACCAGGCGUCGGGGCCAAGCCCUCCAUGUAAGGAGCAUGAAAUGAAAGAAUUUUUGCCAUUUUAAACACAGGUCAAUGGAACUGCAGGCUUGAAG